AUGGCGGAGCCGCUGCUCCGCCGGACCUUCUCCCGCCUGAGGGGCCGCGACCGCCCGCGCGGGAAGAAGCCGGAGGGGAAGGACGGAGGGGUCCUCAUGCCCCAGUGGGGUCUCCACUGGUGUUUUGGGGACCCCCACGCUCAGCCCGGCUCUUUCCCACAGAGACCCCCCCUGCCGAGCCCCGAUUCUUCGGUGGAGCCUGAGGUGGCCACGGUGGAGCUGGUGACACCGCGCAGGCAGAAUUGGGCCCGUUUCUCCUGUGGGGGCCGCGACGAGAGGCGGCCGCUGCCUCCCAGAGCCCCCGUGGAUCCGGCAAACACCAGCGAGCCAGACCCCAGCCCCGGCAGCAGCCCCCAGCCCCCCGGCACCGGCAGCAGCCCCCGGCCUGACGCGGAGCAGCGGGGUGAGGAUGCCGUGGAGCUGGCAGAGGAAGCGGAGGCGGUGAACAGCUCCGGAGAGCUGGGUGGUCCUGGUAAGACCCCCGGGCACGGCGCCUACCUGCAGAGCUUGGAGCGGAGCAGCCGGCACUGGGUGCUGUCAUCGGGGAAGGGACCGGGACCAGGGCAGGAUGAGCCUGGUGGCAGUGCUGAGGCCGAUGCUGGUGCUGCCGGCAGUGAGGGGGAGAUCUGGUACAACCCCAUCCCCGAGGAUGAGGACCCCCAGGCUGGAAGCUCCUGGAAGUCGUGGGGCGGAGGGAGCCGCGACGCUGAUGGGGGUCGCAGUGGGGAGUCACCCCCCAGGACAGGGAAGAUGCCGAUCCCAUGCGUCACCUCAGGGCCGGGGCCAACCAUCCCCUCACCCCCCGCCAGCCCCAAGAAGGGGCGUUCGCUCAGCAAAGUCAAGUCUCCCGGUACCGUCCGGCGCCUCUCCAUGAAGAUGAAGAAACUUCCAGAGCUCCGGAGGAAGCUGAGCCUCCGCAGCCCCCGUCCCCGCGGCCAGGAGGGUGGCACCUCACCCUGCGAAUCCCGCAAGGAAUCCAGCAACGUUAUCAGCCGCUACCACCUGGACAGCAGCGUGGCUUCGCGGCCGGGGCUACCACGAGCCAAAGUGGCCGGUAAAGGUGGCUACUUGAGCGAUGGUGACUCCCCGGAACUGCCGGCUAAAGCCGGGGCACGUGCCGAAACGGAGGAUGGGGCCAACGGGCUGGAUGUGGGCGCUUUCCACCCCUACAGCUGCGGGGAGCCACCACCACGGUGCGGGCAGCACAUCUCGGGGCUGGUGAGCGUCCACCUCCACGGCGUGCAGGACCUGAAGCCGCCACGGACCGAAAGCCGGGAGGUUUUUUGCGUCUUGCAAGUGGAUGCGGCCAACCGGGCUCGCACAGCUUUGCUGCCCUGCAAGACGGCAUUCCUUGGCCUCAACCACACCUUCAACCUGGAGCUGGAGGGUGCUCAGCACCUCAAGGUGAUCAUCUUCUCCUGGGAUCCCACCUCCUGCCGCAACCGUCUCUGCUGCCACGGCACGGUGGUCCUGCCCCACAUCUUCAGAGGUUGCCGGGCUCAGCAGCUGGCGGUGCGGUUGCAACCUCGUGGUGUCCUCUACUCCAAAUUCACCUUGGUGGAGCAAUGGGAUAAUCCUGGCGAGCGGGAGCCCCGUGUCUUCGGCGUGGAGCUGGGCCAGCUGGUGGAGAGGGAGAAGUCACCCACCAAGGUGCCCCUGCUCAUCCAGAAAUGCGUGGCCGAGAUAGAGAAACGCGGCCUGAAGGUGGUGGGGUUGUACCGGCUCUGCGGCUCGGCCGCCGUCAAGAAAGAGCUUCGCGACGCCUUCGAGCAGGACAGCGCGGCCGUGACGCUCUCGGAACAGCUCUACCCCGACAUCAAUGUCAUCACCGGGAUCCUCAAGGAUUACCUGCGGGAGCUGCCCACGCCGCUCAUCACCCCCACGCUCUACCACAUCGUGCUGGAGGCCAUGGCCAAGCGGGCGCCCCGGAGCCCCCCGGCCGAGCGGGAGGCCAUCACCCUGCUCGACUGCCUGCCUGACGUGGAGAAGGCCACGUUGACACGGCUCCUGGACCACCUGAGCUUGGUGGCCUCUUUCCACGAUUUCAACCGCAUGAACGCGCAGAACAUUGCCGUCUGCUUCGGGCCUGUCCUGCUCACCCAGAACCAGGAGCUCCGGCAUCCCGGCACCGGCACCCGCGGCUACGGCCACAGUGAGGACAUCGCCAGCGCCGUGGACUUCAAGAGACACAUCGAGGUGCUGCACUACCUGCUGCAGGCCUGGCCGGUGACACCCCCCCCGUCUUCCCUGCUCUCCCCGCAGCCCCCCGCCCAGCUCCAGCCCCCCAGGUUUGGGAGCGGGCACAGCCCAGUUGCCCCCAGCACCAGCGAGGGCCCCCCGCUGCGGCUGGACCUGCUGGGGGGUGCCGUGGUGGCCCGUCACCGCCCCCGGGGGCCAGAGAGCCCCCCCAGCAACCGUUACGCCGGCGACUGGAGCAUCUGUGACCACCAGCUCCUGCUGGUACCCGGCGUGGCCGCCGACGGUGACGAGGAGGAGGUGGCAGCGGGUGACGGUGAUGGUGGGGUGGCGGCGCGGCGGCCACCGCCCCAGCGGACCCUCUUGGUGACAGAUUUCACCCUGGGCGAGGAGCCCGAGGCGCCCUUCGGCCCCUGCCUCAGCCUCAAGGACUUCGAUGCGCUCAUCCUCGACCUGGAGCGGGAGCUCGCCAAGCAGAUCAACGUCUGCCUGUGAGGCCGGCUGCAGCGCCCGCGCCGGGGCCAGCACCAGUGGCAGGGCCAGCGCUGGUAACGAUGCCAGCGCCGACGUCAGUGGCAAUGCCGAUACUGGUGACAGUGCCAAUACCGUCACCAGUAACAAUCCCAGCACUGGUAACGAUGCCAGCAGCAACGUCGGUGGCAAUGCCAAUACUGGUGAGUCCCGAUACCACCACCAGUAACGACGCCAGCAGUGACAUUGGUGGCAAUGCGGAUACUGGUGACAGUGCCAAUACCGCCACCAGUAAAGAUGCCAGCACUGGUAACGAUGCCAGCAGCGAUGUUGGUGGCAAUGCCAAUACCAGUGACGAUGCCGCCACCAGUAAUGAUGCCAGCACUGGUGCCGAUACCAGCAGUGAUGUCGGUGUCAAUGCCAAUACUGGUGACAAUGCCGACACUGGUCCCAAUACCAGUGAUGAUGUCAGUGACUAUGCCAGUACCGGUGCCAAUGCUGAUACUGGUGCUGAUGCCAGCACUGGUGCCAAUACCGGCAGUGAUGUCGGUGGCAAUGCCAAUAUCGGUGACGAUGCUGAUACGAGUGACGAAGACAGUUAACGAUGCCAGCACUGACUGGUGCUGAUACCAGUGAUGUCGGUGCCAAUGUUGAUACCAGUGCCAAUGCCGACACUAGUAACGAUGCCAGCACUGGUGCCAAUACCAGCGGUGAUGUCGGUGUCAAUGCCAAUACUGGUGACAAUGCUGAUACCAGUGACAAUGCCGACACUGGUGAUAAUGCCAGCACUGGUGCCGAUACCAGCGGUGAUGUCGGUGUCAAUGCCAAUACUGGUGACAAUGCUGAUACCAGUGACAAUGCCGACACUGGUGAUAAUGCCAGCACUGGUGCCGAUACCAGUGGUGAUGUCGGUGUCAAUGCCAAUACUGGUGACAAUGCUGAUACCAGUGACAAUGCCGACACUGGUGAUAAUGCCAGCACUGGUGCCGAUACCAGCAGUGAUGUCGGUGUCAAUGCCAAUACUGGUGACAAUGCUGAUACCAGUGACAAUGCCGACACUGGUGAUAAUGCCAGCACUGGUGCCGAUACCAGCGGUGAUGUCGGUGUCAAUGCCAAUACUGGUGACAAUGCUGAUACCAGUGACAAUGCCGACACUGGUGAUAAUGCCACCACUGUGCCAAUACCAGUGGUGAUGUCGGUGACAAUGCCAAUACCAGUGCCAAUGCCAACAGUGGCGCUGAUGCCAAUACUGGUGCUGAUGCCGACACUGGUAACAAUGCCAGCACUGAUGAUGAUGGUGCCAAUACCAGUGCCAAUGCUGAUACUGGUGCCAAUGCCGAUACCGGUGCCAAUGCCAGCACUGGUAACAAUGCCAGCACUGGUGCCAAUACCAGUGAUGAUGUCGGUGACAAUGUCGAUACCAGCACCGAUGCUGACACCGGUUACGAUACCAACAUCGGUGACUGUGCCAACGCCGGUGACAGUGCAGACACCGGUGACGAUGCCAGCACUGGUGCCAAUACCAGUGAUGAUGUCAGUGCCCAUGCCAACACUAGUGACGAUGCCAAUACCGGUGACGAUGCUGACACUGGUGACGAUGCCGCCACCAGUGCUGGAGCGACCAAAACGCAGCACUUGCCUCCAGUUGCCCUCAAUUUGCACAGCGCCGAGCAGGAUAGACCCCGCUGGCACAAGCGACGCUGCCGCCGGCGAGGUGGAGCCCCCCAGAACAGCCCCAGCUCUGGUCUCUGCCCCCUGCCCCGGUGGUUUUGGAGAGGGGGCAGGAGGGGUGGGGGGCAGAGGAGGGGCAUGGGGCUCGCUGCCCCUUGCUCGGCUUUUUUUCUAUAUUUUAUAUGGCCAAAUUUUGCCCUCAAGUGCCUGUUUGCCCCCUUGUCCUUUCCUCGGUUGACCCCCAAAUUGCCCCCACCCCCCCCAUUAUUAGGAAAUAUUGACAAGGGUCCCUGACCUCCAUCACUCACGCUGCCCCCAACCCCCCUCCCCACCACGUGUGCACCCCAACGAGGGUGACGGGGCUCCCUCCUGCCACCCGCACCCAGCCUGGGUGGCAGUGGACCCCCCCCCCCCCCCCGCCAAGGGCGGGGCUGCCGGUACGGGAGCGCCGAGCUUUAUUUAUUACUCCAGCUUCGUGUGGAUGGAUGGCGGGUGCCAUCACUGCAGCCUGCACCCAAACCCCCUUUUUACCCCCAAAAUAAACCCACUGCCAGUGUUACAGCUGGGGGGGGGGGGGGGGGCAAAA